AUGGGCGGGGAAGGCGGUGGGGAGGGGGCCGGCAGCGCUGCCUUCCCGGGAUUGGUCCCCGAGCCCCGCCAAGGAGGCGCGCCCUGCGCGGGGUGCGGGGAGCUGCUCGGCGGAAGCGGAAGCGGUGCGCGCCCCGCGUCUCCCCGCGGCCACCUGGGAGCCCCGCGAGUGCACCCCCGCGGUGACCAGGGCGCUCGGCAAGGGCCCCCCCGCGGUCACCCGGGAGCCCCGCGCGCGCACCUACGGACCCCGGACAGUCCCGCGCGCGCACCCCCAAGGCCACCUGGGAGCCCCGCGGGCGGGCGGGCGCACCCCGCCGCGACCUCAGCCCGCAGCGCGCCCCUCCCCUCCCCGCGGGCGCAGAGGCGCAGCCCGGCCCACCCCUCCAGCCGCGCGACUCUGCGCCCUCCCCGGAGAGACAGGGGAAGCUGCGGGCGCGAGCACGGGAACCUGCCCGCCGUUACCUCCGGCCGCCCCCAGGCAGGUGCAGAGGCCGCAGCAGCCGAGCGCGCCCUCCCCGCGCCGCCCAUGCUCUACUGAGGACAAUUGAGAUACGAAGAGCCACGCCGUCGCCAUGUACGGUGCGAUGAGCCUGGACCUGCGAGAGCACCGAGAGCCCCUCCACAGUCAGGGGAACAGAGGGAGCCCCCACCCCGAGCUGCCUGCACCCCCGAGCUGCCUGCACCCCCGAGCUGCGGCCGGAACACUUAACGUGAGACCUGCCCUCCUGACGCGGUUUCAGGUGCACAGCACCGGGCUCUCAACCAGGGCGCUGUGCCGUCAGCAGCUGCGGAGCACCCUCGUCUCCGUAACCGAGACCCCACGCCCGCUGAGCCGCCCCUGCAGCCCCUGCAGCCCCGGCCCGCCUGCUCCUCUGGGUCUGACUAUUCGAAGCUCAGCCCUUGCAGCCUUUGCCCCUCUGCCUGCUCACGUCAGUCGGCGUCAUGUCCUCCAGGUCAGUCCCCGUUGUGACAAGCGACAGGAUUUCCUUCUUUCAGGCUGGCCGUCCUAGCCAGGCGUUUAGAGCACAACACCAGCGUGAGGAGGGGGGCGGUGGCAGGUGUCCCCUCCCCCGGGAGGUGGGGGCUGGAGCAGGGAGGGGGGACACCAGGGCAGCCCAAAGGGACCUGAGUCGGUCGGGCAGAGGUGGGGAGAUUUCAUUCUUUUGCUACCACUGUGUUUGAGGCCUGGGAAGGCGGAUGUCACAGGAAAGUGAAAUACUACCCUGGCUCCAGGCAGUUACAAUCUCAUCGGGUGAUAAGACAAGUUUGGGAGAAGCUCCAGGAUAAAAGCAAACUUGACUCAGGACUUCACAGCCGCUGGGAAAGGCCAGGAGGGUGGCGGAAGGAGACUGUCAAAUACAGUCCCCUCCAGAGAGCGCCAGGGCGCUGGACGCAGACAGUCUUCCGGCCGGGCGGCCCCCUCCUGGCAGCAGCUCCCAGGCUCCCACUAGGAAGCCGUGGACGGGAGGCCAGGGAACAGGGGUCAUGGCAGUCCCUGGGGGCCGGGACACCCGCAGGGGCUCUCCCACCCCUGUCUCUGCCAUUUGUGCCCCUGCACAGGUGAACCCCGUGACAGAGAUCACAGCUUCCGUCUUAGGCUCCCGCGGCCCCUUGGACGGUUGGCGGCUCCAUGUGUGUCUGCUGGUGUCCAUCUUUGUCUGCUGGACCCUGGAGGAGAUGGACACCCACGUCAGACCUCUGUUGGAUUAGUGUCAGGUGGCCAGCCCUUCACCACAUCCUACGGAGAUCAGGGCUGGAAACGUUCCUUCCACCAAAAAUGCACGGAAUAAGCACUGAUGCCGAAAUAGGGCCCCUGGCAAAGGGUCGCAUCCUCUUCCCCCCGCAGGGAGCAGGGCCCCUUUCAGCUCCCUGGGGGUGGGGUGUGCCCAGCACCAGCCCACAGAACAGACUCGCGCGAAGUAGCCCCUCACACCCGAGGUACCUCGGACCUUCUGGGUACCAGCUGCUCUCCGUACACAGUAUCUCUUCCCCAAAUGCGCGGGUGUGUGACUGUCGCCUGCAGCCUUAAUUAUCCCCCCCCCCCACCGGGCUCUCCCUGGCAGUGGACUUGACGUCUGAGUGGAGAGGAAGCGGCUAACAAUAGGGGUCAUCGGUGGGAAUGACAGCGGGUCUUUCCGGGGGCGCCCGCGCUGACGUCUCUGUGCUGUUUAUGCUCCUUCUCCGGGGACUUUGGUCCAAAACAGUAAACAUGGGGAACAUGCCAAUCUGUGAUUAGGAAGCUGGUUUAUUACUUUGUUUAGAAAAUUAGUAGUAACACCUUUAAAUUUGAUUUUAUCGUAUGUUUUCAGAUUCUCCCCACCCAACAAUCCACAAAAUACCCGAAGGUCCAGAGGAGGGGGUCACAGGCACUCAGGCUCUGCAGAGGCUUGGGGGCUGGUACGUGGGCCGUGGGCCUCCUGUCUCUCCCCGGGGACGUGGUCAGUGGAAAAGAUGACGCAGGGGCGCCUUGGCGCUGAGACCUCCAGGAAGGAACCGGGAAGCCGGGCAUGUGUGUGAAUCGCACACAGUGACACCAGCGGUGCCGCAGGGCAGUA